AUGUCAACGUCGAUCGAGCCCCUAGUCAUAGCAUCUAGGAGUCAGACGGGCAAUGUCGCCAUUUUGACUCUGAACAGACCCAAGGCACUCAACGCUCUCAGCAGCCCUCUCUUCACCCAGUUAAACGCAGCUCUGGAGAGCGCCGAUAACGAUGAAAGCGUCAGGGCUAUCGUCAUCACCGGAGGUGAUAAAGUGUUCGCUGCUGGCGCAGACAUAAAGGAGAUGAAGGAUAUCACUUUCUCCGAGGCGUAUAAAAACAACUUUCUGGGGACCUGGUCGAAGAUAUCAACCAUCAGAAAACCCAUCGUUGGGGCUGUUGCCGGUUAUGCCCUCGGAGGCGGAUGCGAACUAGCUCUCAUGACCGACAUUCUCCUCUGCACACCCACCGCCACUUUCUCUCAACCUGAGAUUACCCUCGGUAUCAUUCCCGGAGGCGGCGGUACUCAGAGACUGGUAUCCUUAAUCGGCAAACAUCGUGCAAUGGACAUGAUUCUGACCAGUCGCAAAGUUCCGGGAAAUUUGGCAGGCGAAUGGGGACUGGUCAGUCGAGUGGUCGGAGAGGGGGAGAGUGUAGUAGCGGAAGCUGUCAAAGUGGCAGAAACGGUAGCUGGAUAUGGAGCGAUAGCUGUUCAAGCAGGUAAAGAGGCCGUCAAUGCUGCUCUUGAUCUUCCCCUCGACCAGGGUCUACGGUUCGAGCGACGUCUUUUCCAAACCCUAUUCGCCACUGCAGACCAGAAAGAAGGCAUGGCGGCUUUUGCUGAAAAACGUAAACCCACUUGGGGAGAUAAGUAG